AGAGAGAGAGAAAACGAGAGAGAGAGAGAGAAACGAGAGAGAGAGAGAGAAGGAGAAGACACGAAGCCUCCUCUGCGUGGAGAUGAGAGACUCUUUCGGCGGACACUGAGCAGUCGGAUCUCUCUCGGUGCCAAGAUGUAUUUCGGUAACGUGUGCCCCAGCGCCCUGCCGCCGCCGCUGGCUCGCCCCACGCCGGGCCGAACGCAGCCCUCCCCCGACCCCAAGGCCCUCCUCCCCUUCCACCUGCUGCCUGGAUUCACCGACAUGGAUCACAUCCGUAAAGCUCUGAUCGGCCCGGCCUUCGCUCUGAGUUCGCCCCUGAAGAGGAAGCCCAGCUCCUGCGGAGUGUGUCGAGUGCGAUUCAACUCCGAGGCACAGGCGUCGUCCCACUACAGCGGCACGAAGCACGCCAAGAGGCUCAAGGCUCUGGACACCCCGGAUUCAAAGAUCAGGACCUCUGAACCGGUCACCAAGGAAACCACAUCGCAGAUCCUCCCGUCACAUUGUUCGCAGCCCUGCGGCUCCGACGCAACACCGGGAGAACCGUUAGCCUCAAGCCCUACCUCAGAGACGGCGCCGGCGGGCAGCAGCCUCACCGAAACUGUGAACGCCACGCCUGACCCGUCCUUGUCGCCCAGUCAUGCGACGGCAGAGAGGGAGACGCUAAAAGAUGGAGAGGGGGACGCUCCCGAAGAGGAGACGGAGGAAGAGAAAGCGAUGCGUCUUCUUUACUGCUCCCUCUGCAAGGUGGCCGUGAACUCGGCCUCCCAGCUGCAGGCGCACAAUAGUGGCACCAAGCACAAGACCAUGCUGGAGGCCAGAAGUGGCGACGGAGCCAUCAAGUCUUUCCCCAGAGCCGGGGUCAAAGCCAGGCUGGUUCCACCGUCCGAAUCGUCAACCGGACUCCAGAACAAAACUUUCCACUGUGAGAUCUGCGACGUGCACGUCAAUUCUGAAACCCAGCUCAAGCAGCACAUCAGCAGCAGGAGACACAAGGACAGAGCAGCAGGUAAACCGGCGAAGCCGAAGUUUAGCCCCUACACUCCCACCCAGCGGCACCAGAGUUUCCAGGCGAUAAGGCUGACUUUGCGGAAGAGCCAGGACCUGACCAAACCUCUGGCGUCGAGCCUCCUACAGCGACAGCUCUCUGCGGCGGCGGCGGCGGCGGCGGCCAUGGUGUCGAUGCCCCCCUUCCCCCUGCAGCCCGCCUCAAACUCCAGCCCCGCCCUGUUCCACAGCCAGCCCCUCCCCCAGGCGCUGCUCCACCCCGCGCCCGGACCCAUCUGCUCGGCACACACCUCAGUGUUGUUUACCCCCUACUGACUCGGUCGGUCCUGGAACACGGAUAAACGCAGACCCGAGGCUCCGAACGGGAUGUGAUAGACAACGGCGGCGGCGGCGCUCCCCGGGCCCCACGCGCCGACAGAAAACCAAUGGCGUCGCAGGGCAGCAGCGAGGACUGUUUGCUGUUUGGUGGAGCUGAAAACAUUACGCAGAUCUGGAGGGAGGAAUUAGAAGGCAGCAAAUCAGAAAAA